GGGGUAAUUUGGUCAUUUCACCAAUAUAUGAACAGUAACCAACCUGGGGGUGUGAAAGAUAAUCGGUCACAUUAGUCGUAAUCUUAGUGUUUGAAUUUUCUGUUCGGCAUUUCAAAUAUUCAACUUCGACUGGCUAAUCAGAAUUCGUUCAAAAUCAGAUCACCAACAGCAAAGUCAUCUUUCUUUUCCUUUAAAAAAAGAAUUUUUUUUUCAAGAAAGCGCCAAUUCCUAAGAAAUUUGUAUUUUUUCUCUCUUUUCAAAACGUCGUCUUCACCACCUCAAAUUUCAGACUCUCUUUAAACUCGUGGCAUUUAUAUGUGUUUUUCAGCUGGUCUCCAUCUCUUUCUCAGAAUGGUGUCUGAGAAAACCAACAUCCCAUCUCUAAUAUUCCAUGAUUAUUGGUGUAUUUCAGCUGAAGAUGUUUGAUUUCCAGUAGAAUUCUGCUUUUCUGCUGUUCUCAAUGCUUAUCCGGCCUAGUCCUAGAAUUCUGAUUGAAUCAAUGAAAACCCAGAUAGAAUCCUCCCAGAUAAUGCAUUCUAUUUGUCUCUGUCGUGGAAAAUCUCUAGCCCUUCUGAAGUUUUUCUUCGAUAAAGAGAAAACAUAUCAGUAGUUCUUGAACAUUUAGCAGUUUCUCUUUACUACUAAAUGGGUUUUCUUCGCUUUAUUCAUGAAUGUUCUCGAAACAGAUCCAAAGAUUUUUGGCUAUUUCUUCUUGGUUGUUGUCCAUAAGUUCUAUCAUAUUCUGAUGGAUCUUUUUCAUAUGUUCUUGUUUUCCGUCUGUCUAUCCUCUCACGGCUGUUUGUGAGUCUUUCAACUACUGCUUCAUCUGAAACCCUAUUUACUAUCUUUUGCCUCUGUUUAUCUUACGUGUUACUAAUCUUUUGCGAGAUCUGUAGAAGAGAGAAAGCAUUCCAUCAAAUUGGAAAUUCAUCUCCAACGAUCAUGACCCAUCUGUGAUUCAGGAAAUUGAACUCAAUGGGCUGCACUUCACGAGGAUGACGUUGAAACCAAAGCGCGUGUUGGUUACGGGACCAAUUAUCAUCGGUGCCGGGCCUUCAGGCCUAGCUACAGCAGCAUGCCUGAAAGAAAAUGGUGUCCCUUCACUGAUUCUUGAGAGAGAAAAUUGCAUAGGAUCGCUGUGGAAGCUGAAAACCUAUGACCGUUUAAAGCUCCAUCUUCCCAAGAAAUUCUGUGAGCUCCCACUAAUGCCAUUCCCACCUCAAUUUCCAACAUACCCAACAAAACAGCAGUUCAUAAGCUACUUAGAGGCUUAUGCCAAACACUUCUCAAUCAAGCCGAUGUUCGGAGUGGAUGUCAAACGGGCCGAGUACGAUUCAAGUAUUCGAUUCUGGCGGAUUUUGGCCAACGGAUCGGUGUUUGUAUGCCGAUGGCUGAUUGUGGCAACAGGAGAGAAUGCGGAGGCUGUGUUGCCAAAUAUAGAUGGGAUUUCGGAUUUCCAUGGCCUGGUAUUGCACACGAGUUCGUACAAGAAUGGAGAAGAUUUCAGAGGAGAGAAGGUUUUAGUUGUGGGAUGUGGGAAUUCAGGCAUGGAGAUUUGCUUGGAUCUAUGUAACAACGGUGCUCUAGCUUCCAUAGUGGUUAGAGAUAAGUUGCAUAUUUUGCCUAGAGGAAUGUUUGGAACAUCAACCUUUGGUCUCUCCAUGUGGCUGCUCAAAUGGCUCCCCAUACAUCUGGUUGAUGCUUUCAUCCUCUUCUGCUCAUGGUUGAUUCUGGGGGACACAGGGCAGUUUGGGCUUAAAAGACCCGAAAUCGGACCGCUUCAACUGAAGAACACCACAGGCAAGACCCCAGUUCUCGACGUCGGGACUCUUGCAAAAAUCAAGAGCGGCAACAUCAAGGUGGUUCCUAGUAUACGGCGAUUUACAACAAAAGGGGUGGAAUUUUUUGAUGGAGGAGCCGCGGAAUUUGACGCCGUAGUACUAGCAACUGGUUACAGAAGCAAUGUACCCUCAUGGCUUAAGGAGGGAAAUUUCUUCAGCAAGAAAGAUGGUUUUCCAAAAAAGCCAUUCCCCAAUGGCUGGAAGGGCGAUAACGGACUGUAUGCAGUAGGUUUUACGAAGCGAGGAUUGCUUGGAGCUUCCAUGGAUGCCCAGAGAGUUGCAGAAGAUAUCGCAUGCCUUUGGAAGUCAGAGACGAAGCACUUGCGCUUGGAGAUGUAGACUACAUGAAAGAAUGUAAUUAACAUUUUCUAGAUUUGCUAAUCGGGUUUCAAUGGCGAUUUGACCUGUGUAUAAAUUUUCGUAAUAGAAAAAUAUAGAAAAUAUAUUUCAUUAGACCA